AUGAGCACCUAUUGGGAGCUAGACGCUGCCACAUACGCCCGUCUUCCCCAUGACAACCGCGCCGGCCAGACAAUAAUGGCCGUGGUGCUGUGUAUGUUCUUCGCCACCACGGCCGUAUGCUUUCGGCUAUACACGAGACGCUACGUAUUAAAACAAUUUUGGAUUGAUGAUUAUUUCGCAGUGGCUGGCACGCUUAGUAUGAUUUCGAAUGGCCUGGUGCAAUGUUUCCAUACGAGGUAUGGGCUUGGGUCUCAUAUGUGGGACAUAAAAGACGAAGAGACGCUCUCUCACUUCUGGAAAUUGUUUUACUUCUUGACCCUCACCUAUGCCACGACUUUAAUGUUCAUUAAAUUCAGUUUAUUCUUCCAGUACUACCGGCUGGUGCAGGAGGUUCCCCAUUAUCGAUUAUUUUAUCUUGUUGUGAUGUUCCUCGUCGGCGGUUGGGUCAUCGCGCAAGAAUUCGUUCUUAUCUUCUCUUGCACCCCGAUCUACAGCUAUUGGGAUCGUAGUGGAGGGGGCAGAUGCUUCGACAGUAAGCUCCUCGGAUGGAUGAACGCGAUCGGCAAUCUCGUAACCGAUGUCGUCAUUCUCUUGCUUCCGAUUCCUGUUGUUUGGAGAUUGAACCUGAAAAAGGGGCGGAAGUGGGCAGUCAUUGCGAUAUUUGGUCUAGGAUUCUUCACCUGUGUCAUAUCUAUAUGUCGCAUGGUCUUCUUCGCUAGGCUCACGACGGACUUGUCCUAUAACCUCGUCUCGGUUGCAGCUUGGGGAGAGGCUGAGUCAGCCUCAGGUCUCAUCUGCACAUCCUUAAUCGCCCUAGGACCACUGAUCCGACGAGUUUCUCGCCGCUUUAGAUCAUCGAAGAAGACAUCAACCACCCCACAUAAGUACACAUGCGGCGGAACCAAUCCUUUUUCACGCCACACUACGAACCGGGAUAAAAGUCUAUUGAGGACUCACAUCAGGGAAGGAAGCGAGACGGAGCUUAACCGAAUAGACCUCGAGCAAUCACGGAAGGCCGAUGACGAUAUGAGAUCACUACACAGCACCAAAUCCUCGGGGUUAGAACAGAGUACCGAAAGUGACUUUUCGGAAACGAUGCCCGAUCUUCGCUUGGGCCUCCAGACGGGUAUACGGACCGUUAUCAGUACGGGAAAUAGGGGUAGUGUGCACUCGCAGUCAUUACCGGCAGCACCUAAUGGUAUUGUAGUGAAGCAAGUGUGGUCUGUCCGUGAAAGGGGCGGUUGA